CAUCGCGAGGACGGGAUGCUGCGAGGGGUCUGCAGAUGGGGACCCGGGGGCCCGCUCUCCACUGUGUGCGCUCGCCCCCGGCGAGGCCGCCACCUCCAGAAGUUCUCCCCUCAGAGCUGGUCCCGGGCCCCCAGCGUAAUCCCUCCCGGUGUUUGUGCGGGAGCUUUGGCGCGACGGAGCCUUGGAGGGACCAGCCUCGCUCCCGGGUCCCUUGCUUCCUGCUGACGAUCCUGCAGCGGGCGUGGGACGCUGGUGCCGCGGUGCAGACCACACGCUCUGAAGUCCUGCGGGCCGGUUCCCAGGCCCCGUUUUGCCCCCUUGGCCGGCCCAUGGCAAGUGAGUGAGAGUCUCCAAACCUGAGUGUGCGAGCCCCCGAGGUGGGGCGUUCACACCCAUCCCCACGAGGCCGCCGCGAGAACUUUGAAAGAGCUUUUGCAGAAAGCAUUUGCGGGAGACACACUGGAAGGAAUGAUCACCAAGACCCACGAAGAGGACCUGGGCUUUGGGCUCCCUGAGAAAAAGAAGAAGAAGAAGAAGAAGAAGGUGGUGGUCAAAGAAACGGAGACUCAGUAUUCGGUGUUAAACAGUGACAAUUAUUUCUCUGAGGUCUGUCCCCCAAGAGCUAUAUCCCCUUCGAAGAGUGGGGUUCAAGGGCAGGUACCCAAGAUGCCUCUGGUGAAGCAAAAAAAGAAAAAGAAGGGCCACAGCACGGUCUACGGGGAGCAUCCAGACGCUGAGACCGCAGCCUGUGCCAGGCAGACAGAGUUGCCUGGCCCCAGGAAGCAGCCUCGGGGGCCAUCCGAGUCCCUCUGCGGGGAGAAGAAAAACAAGAAGUCCUUGAGGCCUCUGGCCACGUCCCCGGGUUCGAGGGUAAAGACCUCCCCAGACCCCAGACAGGAUGAGGAAGUUACCAGAGUUGGCAAGAAGCUCAAAAAACACAAGAAGGAGAAAAAGGCCCAGGAGGCCGCAGAUUCAGCCCCGGACCCUUGGUUCUGUGAGGCCGGGGGUGCCCUGCACACUUGCUCAGUGGGGAAGGGUGGCCAGGAGCUGGCCGCCUUGGGGCAGAAACGGAAGCAGGGGAGCCCCCAGGAACCCAAUGCAAAGAUGAAGAAGAAAAAGAAGAUCCACCAAGAGGGAGACACCCCCCGAGGCCACCCUGAGCCCUCCAGGUCUGUGAAGAGCAGCCCUAGGAAAGGAAGUAAAAAGAAGCCCGUCAAAGUGGAGGCUUCAGAAUACAUCCCCAUAGGAGAUGGCCCUAAGGCCCCCGCGAAGAAGAAAACGAAGUCCAAGAAAAAGGCAGAGCUGCCAGGCACAGAGGAGCCAGCUCUGAAGAAGAAAAAGAAGAGGAAGGAGAGCAAAGUAGGAGAACCGUGGGAGGAGGAGCCCGACACAGACCUAGAGGUGGUGCUGGAGAAGAAAGGAAACAUGGACGAGACACACAUAGACCAGGUGAGGCGAAAGGCCUUGCAAGAAGAGAUCGAUCGUGAGUCGGGCAAAACGGAAGCUUCUGAAACCCGGAAGUGGACAGGCACUCAGUUUGGCCAGUGGGAUACUGCUGGUUUUGAAAACGAGGAACAGAAACUGAAAUUUCUCAAACUUAUGGGUGGCUUUAAAAAUCUGUCCCCUGCGCUCCGCCGCCCCCCUCACACGACUGACAGGCCCAACAUGGCACUCAGCAAGGCGGCGGCCGACGGCCUGCAGCAGAGCCUGCAGCAGGACUACGAGCGGGCCGCGAGCUGGAAGUACCGCCGGGGGGCCGGCCUCGGCUUCCCCACCGCCCCAAACAAAGUCUUUUAUAUCGACAGGAAUGCUUCCCGGUCAAUCAAGUUUGAAGAUUAAACUCUCCUGGUUUGUCCCCCCAAAAGAGCCAAAAUUGCUUUUGUUGUUCAGUUAUGCAGAGAAAAGCCAUCUGAGAGUCGACCUGAGGUGGGGGCAGCUCAUGUUUCAGGAGCCAAGGGAGCAUGAGUGGCUGAAAUCUACUGUUCUCUGCGUUAAGCUUUACAUCCCCUUUUGAAGAUGUCACUGUGUAAAUAAUGACAGCUAACAUUUGUUGAGUACGUCGUAUGUGCCAGACACAUACUGACCGAAGUGUUUUCCUUGCAUUAAUGUACUUAAUCUUCUUGAUUAUGAAAUAGGUGCUGUUAUUAUCCCCAUCUUACAGGUGAGGAAACUGAGGUUCAGGGAUGAAGUCGUUACAUUGCCCAGGGUCACCCAACCAGUAAGUGCCAAGUGUACUUUCAUACCUCAAGCCCUACGUCACUAUUCACUGCUCUGAAUGUCCCCCUCUAGAGAAUUUCAACUGGAAUACUCACUGGGGAUUAAAAGGUCUUCUGAUUAAAGGAACAGAAGUCCAUUACACGUCUAAAUCACAAACAGGAAGUGGAAUUAAUGAUAAACGGGAACAGCAGGCUUAUUUUCCUUUCCAGCUCGGAGUAGCUGCAGGCAGAGGUGUCUGAACUGCAAUAAAGCAACUGUGGCUGAGCUUCCGCUGCUGCAGAGAAAUGUCUCUGAUCCAAUCUUGCCUUUUCCAGCUUCCUGCCUGCCAUCCUCAGUGCUGAGCCUGGAUUUAUUCUCUGCUGUAACUAGAUUCUGAACGAGGCAUUUUAGAUAGCGGUUAGUCCUCCGUAGGACCCACUGGCAAAUUCCCAGGGAUGUGUUUGUUAGAUUCUUUACCAUCACCAGGAAGAGAAUCCCAGGUGACUUCUGUGGUGGAGGCUGAAUGCCAGGAGCAGACGCAUGGGGAUGACACAGGAAGUUGCUUCAUCAGCCAUGGUGACAGUGUUUUCAAGCGUGGACUCUACAGCCAGCCUCACUAGGUACAGCAACCCGAGUGACACGUGACCACCUUCUCUCCAUUCACCUAGCAUUUUGCUUCCCAAAGUACAGGGUGUGACUGGGCCAUUUUCACAUCAUUUGGCCUGAAUACCUCCCUCAGACGUCCCACCUCAGGCAGGAAGUCCUGAUGUUGGGGCUGAUACAGCAACCCCCGAGGAAGCAGCCUCUUCCUUUGCUCCCUCGUCCUGUGUUGGCUUCAUCAGGCUGGUGGAAAGCUGGCCACAGCCAUUCCAGGCAGCUUACCAACACACUAGGACAUUCCAGAGGAGGGGAAAAAACCGUGUGGUUCAAGGAAGCUUCCAGAAGCCCCUCAAGAGACCUUUCAUCUUAACUCAUGCCCAUUCCUGAACCAGCCCCUGGUGGAAGGAAGAUUCUCCUCAGGCCAGUAAGAAAAAGCAAGGAGCAGAUGCCAACAAGACACACAUGGCACCCACCCCUGACGGCCCCGCUGGGCAGGUGAGGCCGGCCUGCCUGGGCCGUGACCAGAGAGCACUGGCCAGGUCAGGAGUCCUACAGACCUGCUCUCAGUGGCUGGGGUGGGCCACUUCCCUCAGAACCUGGCCUUUCGUGGAUUCAGCCUUGAGAUACGUAAUGGAAGAGGCCAUCCGAACACCUCGAAGGGAAAGUUCUGCAUUUGGAGUGAGCUCCUUCGGGGCAGCUCCUCUGACGGGAGUAAAUCUCCUGGCCGUGAACUACAGGAAUCUGUCCAGUGUCAUAGGAAACCAACUGACUGUUCUCCACACGUUCUGAUCUUACCGAGGCAUCACACUUGCAUUUGGGCUCGUCAGGAAGGAUUGUGGUCCGCCAUCUCGGGUGAUUCUGGAGCGUGGAUGAUGGCUUGCCCCCCGACUGAUCCCCACAGUGAUAGCUCUCAUUAGGGGGUGACGGCCAGGCCUUUCCCUCCUGCCGUGUAGUGUAAGUGGUCUGUGUCAUAGGAUUUGACUUGGGAACUCCCUGUAUCACCGUUGGCUGACGUGGUCCCCUUGUUCGAGGGAAGGUUUAUUCAAGUCUGUUCCUGAAGCACAGUCUAGCCAAAGAAGGUUGGGCAGCCAGGACGGCAAGAUGCCCGUGUCCCCAGAAUGGACUUAACCUCAUGUCUGCCGCUGUUGUCUGCAGACCGCCAUCACUCACAGAGCAGGGUCCUGUCCUGGGAGGCCGUCCUGUCUCAGCUUCCGGUGACAGCUGAGCUCCUGUCCUCUGGAAACCAAACCACAUUGCCUUGAGUCACCCAGGCCCUCCUCGACCUGUCUGCAAGUUUCUGUGCUGUGAUUUCCCUGAUCUCCUUCAGUCUGGACCCCAUGCAGAACACAGCCUGUUUCCAUUGGAACAAGGAGGUUUUGGAUUUUUACUCGAUCUGGGGAGGGGGCAAGAGAGGUCUGGCAUUUAGCGUGGCCGAGGUCUUAGCUGAAUAUGUAACAGCCCUGUCCUCAGCCUUGUUCUCCCUCAGCACUUCUCACUGACUGACCCUCUUCGUAUGGCAAGGUCCUUCCCUCCUCCCAGUUGCCCAUAUCCGCUGUCCCCCAAACCUCAUGAUUCGUAACCACUUUAUGUCAUGGGGUGAUCCCUGCCGUUUCUGCCUUAGUCCACUGGGCCCUGUCCUGUGGCCACCUUUCCACACACAACUAGACCGGCCCAUCCAAAGUAUUUCCCAAAGAGACACAGUUCUCCCCUAAAAUAAACUGCGUACUCAGCUUUCUAAACUUAACAACUGUUCAGGUUUGCGACUGGCAGAAUGGCCCCCAAAGAUGUCCAUGUCCUGAUGACCGGAACCUGUGAAUAUGUUAGGAUACAAAACGAGGGAGUUCAGGGUAGCGGACGGAAUUAAGGUCCCAGGUUAUGUGGGUGGGCCCCGUCUAACCUCAGGGGUCCUUAGAUGUAGACAAGGGAGACGAGUCUAAGAGACUUGGAAGAGACACCCCACCAGCUGUUGCUGGUUUUGAAGGUGGAGAACAGGACCACAAUCCGAGGAAUGCAGGCAGCUUCUAGAAGCUGGGAGAGGCCAGGAGAUGGAUUCUCCUGUGAGCCUCCAGGAGGAAGCCGCGCUGCUGACACCUUCACUCUGAAGGUGAGUCCACUGAGACCAGCUGGACUUCCGGCCAACAGACCUGGACGGUGAUAAAAUCGUAGUUUCAAACCACUAAAUUUGUGGUCAUUUGUUAAAGCAGCGACAGAAAAUGAACGUAGGUCUUACGCAGAAGUUUUCCUCAGUUUUACCUUGUUUCCUAGAAUUCUUAGAUUUUAUUAUUGUUCCAUCCCAUCAUCCUAUGUGAUGAGAGUAGGCUGCUUCCCGUGUAGGCCGUGGUUUCCAGAGACGGGCUAACUGCUUUCGUAAUUGGGUUGGGAAGAACCACACAAGAGCAUAGAAAAUCUAAGCUGCUGCCUGGCCAGGUGACAUGUUGCAGAAGCUCCUUUGGUGUGUGUCUACCCGACCUAAUAGGACCGUACAAGUUCAGGUGACUGGAAUAACGUUAAGAAGUCACUGACUUAGGCUUGGGAACUAAUGACAUCUGACAUGUACAGCCUCGAAGUAGAAGAAAUGACUUGAAAGCACAUAAUUGGUGAAUUUGCCAAUUUCUUUUGUUUUCAUUUAAAUAGUAUGACACAGUAAAAGUGGUAUUGGAAAUCAUUUUGUGAAAUAAAGGCCACUUGGGAAUAUC